AUGAGCAUGAGACAAGAGGAGGAGGAGGAGGAGGAGGAAGGGAAAUGCAUGUGCACGAGCAUAGGGGGGACGAGCAUGGGCCACAAACCCAUGAAGCCACUCACCCGCUGCCUGUUCCCCAUCCCAGCAUGGUCGGCGUCGUCUGCGGAUGCACCCUCCCUCAACGAGCUCAGGACUAUCUGUGUCGGCCCGCACGACCCGCUCAUCUGGCCCCCAUCUGCUCAAACACCACCCACCCCUCGUUUUGCCUUCCCGCUCAUCUCCUCGCCUCCUCUUGCAUCGUAUGCGGAGCCAGUGUCCAAGUGGCACUGUGUAAUCUUGUACGAUGGAAUUUGGGCAGCAAAUCGCCUCCCUUACCCUCCUGUUGCCUCUCACCCCACCUCCUGCCUCUCAUCCACAGAAGCACGGUGUCUCAUAUGCCGUGUAAUACUUGGAUGGAGGUGGUAUUUCGGGAAGCAAACAUGA